CUCAACUUCCUUUUUAUGGUUCAUUCGUUUUCUUCUCUUCCCUCUCCUCCAUCCUCCUCCGUCCAGCCUUCCGUUUGGCCCGACAGCUGCGAUCUUGCCAGAGCUCUUUCGUUGAAGCUCGGCCCCUUUGCCAACUGCUCUAAUAUGCCAGUUCUACAAUCUUCUUGGGCGGACUUAGUAUUCAAACCUUCAUUCUUCAUGUCGCUGGAAUUGACGUCAAUUUCAGAAAUCCUCAGUUACACAGCUUGCAGACAGUUGUCUCAAUUGCUCGCUUCGGUCAUCUUCUUCCAUGGGUCUGAAUAUGUCCUCGCUAUCUCAUUCCAUGGAAGAUCGGAUGUAACUCUGAGUUCUCUCCUUAUCAGUAAGAACUAUCUUAUUGCGAUGGUCUUCUCGUUGCUGGAGUAUUUCGUUGAGAUCACUUUCUUCCCGGGGCUGAAGGAGCACUGGUGGGUGAGCAACUUUGGCCUCGCAAUGAUCAUAAUAGGUGAAAUCAUAAGGAAAACAGCGGUUAUAACAGCAGGCCGGGCUUUCACGCACUUGAUCAGAACUUAUCAUCUGGAUCAUCACCAGCUAAUUACUCACGGGGUAUAUGGAUUUGUUCGACAUCCUGGGUACUGCGGCUUUUUCAUCUGGUCGGUCGGGAUGCAGGUCAUGCUCUGCAACCCCAUCUCCACACUUGGGUUCGCAGUCCUUGUCUGGAACUUCUUUGCGAAAAGGAUCCCAUACGAGGAGUUCUUUCUAAGGCAAUUUUUCGGGUCAGAGUAUGAGGAAUACGCCAGUAGAGUUCCCUCAGGGGUACCAUUUGUGAAGUAAAAGUGAAUCACAUGAUUUUGUGCAUCCUUUUCAUGGCGCAGGCAUGUGGAUGAUGUGAAAUGCGGACUGGCCAUUUGAAAAGGAUUGAGAAAAUGGGCGUGCAGCCUCAGUUUGGUACUAAUUUUCCCUCUGCUGGAGAGGAAAGAUUAGGUAGUCAGCCUCGGCCUAACCUUGAGCAAUGCAUCAUCAUCUUCGUAGGGGAUAGGGAAGAUUACUGAGCAAGCUCUUUGUACACUGGCCAGAUGCUUAAACCUCUUUGGAAGAAAUGAUACUGGGUCUAGUGCGCAUCAUGGUCGGGGAUUUCCACUGGCUGCGCGAUGCUGCAACAGAUCAUUUGUCGAAAUUAAUGCCCAAUCGCCCCACAAAUAAAUUUGAGGGGGCAAAAGACCUUCAUCUAAUACUUACUAUACUUACUACUAUUUAAGGGAGAGUUCCACAUUGUAACUGUCCUGAUUUCGUAAGGUCAAUCAUAGUGUAAAUUGUAAAAGAUUAACAAAUUAUAAAACUCCAAAAUAGUUAGCCAUAUACCGCCAGCCACUAAAAGGGGGUGCCCUCCAACUGCUAUCGUUAUUCCACUCCCAAAAAUCUACCCACUCCCAUAACAUUUGGUCGAUAAUUUGUUCUGUAUUUCGUAAGCAGAGUUACUCACUCGACUUUGCCAGGAGCGAUCAAGUGCCUCGGGUAAUAACCCGGUUGUUCUGUUCAAUAUAUGGUCAUCACGUUUCAAUCGUUAUAAUUCCCUAGAGUCUCCUCCUUGCAGGAUGUUUGCAGAUUUGUGCUCAACUACUUGGACGCAGAGCGCUAGCUAGCACCAACUUUUACAAUUUCUUUGCGCUCUGCGGCCUCAUCGUCCUAUUAAAUGUCACGACAUUGGUAUCAAAAAGCUCGGUUUCUGCAUUGUCAUUCAAUGGACGUCUCAGUAAUUGUAUUCAAGACGCAGAGAAGCCGAGCAAAUUUCAACCAGCAGAAGAAGAAAAGGUGCGAAGUUUGCAUCUAAGUCAUGUAAGCCCGACCUAGCAGGACAACUUGAAUGAGAAGCUCGAGAGCACGGGAAGGUGAUGGGAAUAAGCACUUCAAAGACGAGAGACGCGAUGGUUCCUAAAGUAUAUCGAGGAAGCAUUAGAUGUCGAGUUUUGGAAGACCAUUUGCACGAAGAUAAGCGGGAGUGUGAGCAGAACGGAGCUCAUUGCUUUCACAUUGUCUCAGUUAAACAAUGCAAGUGUAAGACGGGACAGAUUCAUAACCAAAUUGGAUCCGCGAUGACUCAAAGAUUGAUGACGGUCGUUGAUCGGUUGGAGGGCAAGGUGUAUAACUGAUCGCUCUCUUACAUGUGGAGUCGGGUGCUUCGGCUGUUGAGCAUUAUUCCGAUUGAGGUUGAUUAGCCGGUCCCAACUGGUGUUUUGUGAAUAAUAUAUGAUCAUGUUCAUGCCGCGAAUUGUAAUUGGAAAAAGAAAUUAUAUAUGCUGCGAAAGUCAGGUAUGUAAUUUAUGUCGGACAACUGCAUCUAAUGCUUAUAAAACUCGGGUCUCGCCAUUUAGUUUACGUUGGAAGUAGAAGAUUCCUUCUACGUAAUUGCAAUUUGCUUUUGAAUACUC